AUGGACGUUCGAGUGGCACCUCACGCCCCUCCUGCAAGGAGACCAUCACGGGCGGGCAGAGACUCGGCAGCUACGACAGCUAGCAGCAGCAGCAGCUCCAGCAAGAGUAGACCAGCAACUGCGAGUAGGUCUAGGCCCUCGAGGGCAGCUCCCCCUACUCUGACACUACACCUGAAUGAAGAUGCUGUUGGCUCCCACAGUGGGUAUCAACGUCAAGGACCUUCCUAUGGAGAUGGAAAUGGCUACUCUCGUGGACCUGGGGAAAACGGGGCAGGGAGGGGCAUGGAUGCUGGAUUGAGAGGAGGAGCCAAGAGGGGUCGUUCUCUCCAGAGGAACAGUCUCAGUGAUUCUAGCGAUUCCAGUCGGUUGCUUCCAGCGAGGCCGAGAAUGCCUGCUAUGCGUCUGGCUGGAUACGGAGGACCAGGAGGGCGAGACGAGGAGAAGAUUCGUCACCGUCGCCGUUUACAGGCUCUCUCUCAGCUAGGGCUGAACACAGCAUCUGAUCUCGCCCUUCAUAGGCCUGUCCCGCCUCCUCUGUACGCAAUCAAGGAGACUCCUGGAGGAGCCCUGUUGAAAAACAAUGCUGUAGCCAUGUCCCCAAAUGGCUCAGGUAUUGCCGUUUCCAGCAAUGCAAAUAACGGUUUCUAUAAUGAUAAUGGCACGGCUAAUGGAUCCUUCAAUGGAAUUUCCGGAACUAGUGUAUCUGUGGGUACUCUAAGAAACCAGAGCCUGGGCAGCGAGGAGACAAGAACGGGGGCCAGUGACUCACAGGGCAUCAAGAUUCGGAGGCCAAUCACCAGCAAGGAACUGACCAGGAAGAUCAAGAGGCACCAGGAAGCCAUCAGGAGGCAGAGGAGGAAGAUCAUUGCUGGUGCUGAGAGACCGCCGGCAAGGAAGAAAGCCAGUUACCUGGAAAUGCUGGAAAAUCGCCAGGACUUCCGGAAGACACUGGUCAAGCUGCUGAAGACAGACGAAGCCAAGACAAAGAGUGGUCGGGCUAAGCUCGAACGCAGGUAUCACUACUUCAUCACCAGAGGUCUCUCCAUGCGAACCAGUCCUCUCCAGCAGUCUUGGGUCACCUCGAUUCUCAACUUAGUUCCUAAACAUUUAAGAACUGCUAUGGGUACCUGCCAGAGCCUCCUGCAGCAGCUACAGAGGGACUACGAGCACAACAUGAGGAAGGUUGCGGUGGAUUUUGUCCUCAAUUCGGGAAAGCCCAGACCAAGACCAAUAGCAUCCAGCGUGGAAGAUCCGUCCAGAGUGGCUUUAGAGACCUGGAAUCCAUGCAGGAACGCCGUCAGGAAAAACUUGCAUCUACUCAACCCUUGCAUGCUACAGACGCUGGAACUGUGGUAUCGUGAAUAUAGCGGCCUUCGUGUAGUGGCAGUCCGGGAAGUCAUGAACGGCCAUGGAAGUAUGGAACUUGAGGAGUUCAUGAAUGGAGUCGCAGACCAGCUGGAUCGCACUAACGAGACCCUUUCGAUGUGGUUCACUCAGAUACAGACCAUCUUUUAUAAGGGCUUCCAGAGGGGACAGAUGCCCGGCUUCAGUCAGCCUGGGCGCCUGGCUUCGUUCUGCAACGCAGCAGUCACCAUCAUGACCCACAACCUCCAGUCCCUGUGCCUCCUGUCGGUGUUCAGUGUGACCUCGUCCCUCUGUGGAGCUGAACCCAGUCUGCUUGACCCAGCUUCCAUAGGACUUUGGUCCAAGGUUCCGACAUCAGGUCGACCUCCUGUAGCAGGGGCACGUCCCAUAUCGGCCCGCAAGGAGGGGGGCGAGGAAGCCACUACUGACGAAGGCCUCGGUGAGUCUCUUGUAGUAGAUGCUGGGUCAGAUACCAAUGCCAUCAGAAAAGACGAUGGUGCCGAGGCAGAUGGUGAUGGGGGAGGUGGCGAGGAAGUUGUGGCUCCACCUCCUGGGUCAAGUGGGCACCCCAAGAAGCCAAUGCUUCUGAAGCUGCAUCUGCUCUUGACGGGGAAGAAUGUGGUGUUCAAACCAACAUUCCAGGAAGUGGAGAACUCUCUCAUCUCCUUGUAUAGCAAGAUCAUCAAAUUAAGCAUGUCCAUUCCACGCCUAGAGACAAAGCUAUUUGCCGAGUGGGAGGGCCGGCAGGGAAAUAUAUCGCCUGUCAUCCAAGACUCAGUAGUGAAACGUCUGAGAGAACAGGUCUUGAAGGAGAUCUCAAAUUCGAAUGUGCCUCCCACACACCACGCUACUCAUUACCACAAAUACAAUGAUCUCAUCAGUGGCAAGGCUGAGGAAGAUGUCCAAGAGUUUAUGGCUGGUGACCAUCCCUUCGACGCCUAUGUUCAGAAAUUGGUCGAAUUUACAGAACUUAGAGCAGAUAUUCUCCACUCUUCUGAUCAAGUGGUUGAGUUGGGUCCUUACGAAGUCCAUUGCGAAGCCCUGGUAGCUGCCCUGGUCAAAAGAGUAACGAACCUUCGACGGGAGAUGCUGAUGCAUCUCCAUCACCAGUAUUGCACAACGGCUGAGAAGUUAUGCAGUGAGCUUAAGCUGAUUACUGAGAGAGCUCUGAGCACACCUGGAGAUACCCUGGAGCUCAUGGAACAUAAAGCCUACAUGGAGGACGUCAUGGAAAACCAACUCCAGCUGCUGGAAGAUCGAGUCUGGGAACUGCAUACUCAGCUCCAGUUCCUAGCAGAGAAUAUGUCCCUGAGCUCAGAGGAGUGCAAUGAUGCUGUCCAGCCCCUUGCCUGGUUCAUCCGCCUUCCUGAGGUGUUUCGACUCCACCUUCAGAUCAUCACAGAGAAGAGGGCGGAAUAUGAGGCGAAUCUCAAGGAACGGAGAGAGAAGUUCCAAGAAGAACUGGCUGAAUACGCAGUGCAGCUGGAAGACUUCCAGUCUCUGGGAGAUCACAACGAAAUCCACGAAUAUCUCCGUCGAGCGAAGGCCCUUCAUGCUCGCCUCGAUCAUGCUGCCAAUUAUACCGACCAGAUUAACAAAGAAGAAGAAGCGCUUUCCUGGAAUACAACACAUUACCCUUUGAGAAAGCAGAUAUCGGACCGCCUGGCUCCCUUCUUGAAACUCUAUGAAGUCGGGUGUGAGUGGUCUGACCGCCUGGAAGAAUGGCUUCACUCUCCAGUGGGUACCCACGACCCUGACGUCAUAGCCCAGGAGGUUGCUGCCACCUGGCGGACAGUGUACAAACUCGAAAAAGGCUUGGGAGACAUUCCAGCUGCCAAGAACCUCGUCAUUGCUGUUCGUCAGCGGAUCGAGAGUUUCCGUGAAAACUUGCCUUUGGUCCAGACGCUUGGUAACCCUGGACUGAAGGAGAGACAUUGGGAGAAGAUCUCGGAGGUUGUUGGAUAUCCUCUCAGGGCUGAUGCCACAACGACCCUUCAGAGGCUGAUUGACUCCAACCUCGAAGAUUACCUCACGAAGUUCGAGUCUGUAUCAGAGGCAGCGUCUAAAGAGCAUGUCUUCGAAAGGAACUUGGAGAAGAUGAAGAGCGAAUGGCAAGAGAUGGACUUAGUCUUGAAACCUCACCGAGAGACGGACACCUGGGUGCUGAUUGGCGUAGAAGACAUUCAGUUCCUGCUUGAUGAUCACAUUGUCAAGACUCAGAGUAUGAGAUCUUCGCCAUUCAUCAAACCCAUUGAGCAGGAGGUGGCUGCUUGGGAAACCACACUGGCCCAGCUCCAGGAGGUCUUAGACGAGUGGCUUCGGGUUCAGGCGACCUGGAUGUACCUGGAACCCAUCUUUGGGUCACCAGAUAUCAUGGCUCAGAUGCCUGAGGAAGGACGAAGAUUCAACACAGUGGACAAGACUUGGAAGGACAUCAUGAAGAGCGUCCGACAGAAUACGCGCGUCUUGUCCAUCCUGGAAGUCGACAAAAUUCUGGAAAGGCUUCGGAAGUCGUCUGAGUUGCUGGAACUGAUCCAGAGGGGACUCAAUGAAUACCUGGAAAAGAAACGCCUCUACUUCCCGAGGUUCUUCUUCCUUUCCAACGAAGAGCUCCUGGAGAUUCUCAGUGAGACGAAAGAUCCUAGCAGGGUACAACCGCACCUGAAGAAGUGUUUCGAGGGCGUGAACUCCCUGGACUUUGGCGAAGAUCUCGAAGUAGUCGCCGUCAGGUCAAGUGAGGGUGAAGUCAUCACGCUAACCCAGAUCAUCAGCACAGCUAAGGCUCGAGGGCAGGUAGAAAAAUGGCUUGUGCAAUUAGAGGCCAGUGUUAAAGACAGCAUCAAGAAGGUCGUGAAAUUGUGUAUGGAAGCUUACACCACAAAAGUGAGAGAAGACUGGGCCCUUGAAUGGCCAGGCCAGGCUGUUCUCUGCGUUUCACAGACGUUUUGGACAACAAACGUUUCUCAGUGUAUGAGCGAGAGCCAAGACGCAAUGCAAGACUAUCUGGAGACCUGCAACACCCAGAUCGAGAAGGUCGUAAGCCUUGUUCGAGGUCAGCUCUCCAAGCAGAAUCGCACGACUUUAGGAGCGCUUGUGGUCCUCGACGUGCAUUCUCGCGACGUCCUGAAGGAGGAGCUAAUCAAGAAGAAGGUGCACAGCCUCACUGAUUUUACCUGGCUGUCGCAACUGAGGUAUUAUUGGCAGGACGACAUCUUGAAGGUUCGUAUGAUCAAUUCCGAGCUGAACUAUGGGUACGAGUAUCUGGGCAACACAGGACGUCUGGUCAUCACGUCCCUCACCGACAGGUGUUACCGCACCUUGACUCAAGCUCUCAUGCUGAAUCUGGGAGGGGCUCCCGAAGGACCAGCCGGGACGGGCAAGACGGAGACGACCAAAGAUCUGGCGAAGGCGGUGGCGAAGCAGUGCGUCGUAUUCAACUGCUCUGAUGGCCUCGAUUAUAUCUCCUUGGCUAAGUUCUUCAAGGGCCAGGCUUCCUGCGGUGCCUGGACUUGCUUCGACGAGUUCAACCGGAUAGAAUUAGAGGUGCUGUCUGUCGUGGCUCAGCAGAUUCUCACCCUGCAACGUGGCCUGCAGUCUGGGGCUCCCAAACUCAUCCUUCAAGGGACAGAGGUCAGCCUGGAUCCAACGUGUGCCGUCUUUAUCACGAUGAACCCUGGAUACGCCGGGCGGUCGGAACUCCCUGAUAAUUUGAAGGCACUCUUCAGGUCAGUGGCUAUGAUGGUACCUGACUACGGCCUCAUCGCCGAGAUCUCCCUGUACUCCUUCGGCUUCGUCGCCGCUCGGAGCAUGUCCCGGAAGAUCGUCGCCACCUACAGGCUGUGCUCAGAGCAGCUCUCGGCCCAGCCUCACUACGACUACGGUAUGAGGACCGUGAAGGCGGUCCUGAUCGCAGCUGGAACUCUGAAGCUGAAGUAUCCGGAUAUGGAAGAGGACGUUCUUGUCCUGAGGUCCAUUAGGGACGUAAACUUGCCCAAAUUUUUGGCCCACGAUCUACCACUAUUUCAGGGCAUCAUCUCGGACCUCUUCCCAGGGGUCGUCCUCCCCCAGCCGGACUACACCUUCCUCCACAGGGCGGUGAGGGACGUCUGCGCAGCCGCGGGCCUCCGUGCCAACGACUACUUCAUGGGCAAAAUCCAGCAGGUCUACGAGACCAUGAGAGUCAGGCACGGCUUCAUGCUCAUCGGGAACCCCAUCGGAGGGAAGACCGUGGCUCUGAAGACCCUCUCUCAGGCCCUGGCCAUCAUGAAUGAGAGGGACGAAGGCGAGAACCGCGUGCAGAUGUGUGUGAUCAACCCCAAGGCCAUCACGGUGGGUCAGCUCUACGGGCAGUUCGACCCCACGUCUCACGAGUGGUCUGAUGGCGUUCUGGCUGUCAAUUUCAGAAAGUUCGCCGUGUCGUCCUCACCUGACAGGAAGUGGAUAGUCCUGGAUGGCCCAGUGGACAGCGUCUGGAUAGAGAACAUCAACUCCGUCUUGGACGACAACAAAAAACUCUGCCUCAACUCCGGCGAGGUCAUCUGUCUGUCCAACACCACAAACAUCAUCUUCGAGGUUCACCACCUCGAGAACGCCUCUCCAGCCACCGUCUCCCGCUGCGGCAUGGUCUACAUGGAGCCACUGGCCCUCGGCUGGCGCCCCCUCGUGGAGACCUGGCUAGCCAAGCUACCGAACACCCUCACGCCUCAGCACAAGGGCGUGCUGACCGCCCUCUUCCACCGCUUCGUCCCGCCCCUGCUCUGCUUCGUCAGGAGCAGCCUGCACUGGUUCAAGCUGGAGAGGAGCGAGUCCUACGUGCAGAAGGGCGUCUCGCCCACCACCGACCUCAACCUCGUUCGAAGUCUGAUGAACAUCUUCGACUGCUUCCUCGACGAGUUCACAGAUCCGGCUUAUACGAAGAACAACCCAGAGUCGGAUAUCCGGGCCCAUUUGGAGAGCUUCUUCCUCUUCUCGUGCAUUUGGUCCUUGGGAGGACCCCUGGACGAACCUUCAAGAGCCAAAUUCGACUUGUUAUUGAGGGAACUCUUUGCUGGUCCUCCCUCCCAGGAGUCUACUGAUAAAUAUGCCUUGAGUGAAGUAAUAGAACCGCCCCAUGAGUAUCAGCUGCCCAUACCUGACGAGGACACUGUUUUCCACUAUAAAUUCGUCAAGGAGGGUCGCGGCUUCUGGCAGAAAUGGAGCGAGGACCUGAACAACGCGGGUUCGAUCCCAAGGGACGUGGCUGCCCACCAGAUCCUGGUGCCCACAGUGGGCACUGUGAGGGUAUCGGCCCUUCUUCAACUCCUGGUGUCUCAGGCUAAACCUCUGUUGCUCGUGGGACCCCCUGCUACAGGGAAGUCUGUCUACGUGGCGGAAUUUCUGCACAAUAAGCUCAAGAGAGAAUUGUACAAGCCGAUGUUUGUCAGCUUCUCAGCCCACACGACCACCACACACGUCCAAGAACUAAUUAUGAGUGGCUUGGAUAAGAGGAAGAAAGGCGUCUACGGUCCUCCGGUCGGGAAGAAGUGUGUACUCUACGUGGAUGACCUCAACCUGCCACAGGCAGAUGCCUUUGGCUCUCACCCACCUCUGGAGCUCAUCCGGCAGCUGAUUGACCACGCCACUUGGUACGACAUCCGGAAGGAGGUGGAGCCUAUUCACCUGGAGGAUAUGCAGUUAGUAUCAACCAUGACCCUGAGAGACAGCGGGAGGACCCUCCUGACGCCGCGUCUUCUGAGACACUUCAACGUCGUAGCCGUGAACGACUUCGAUGACGCAACCAUCCACUCAAUCUACUCGAAGAUCCUGUUGUGGCAUCUGGACACCAGAGGCUUCAGCAAGAUGUUCGACCCGUGCAUAGGAGAGAUCGUCAGUGGGACCCUUGAAGUGUACAGGGCAGCAGCUACCAACCUCAGGCCGACCCCGUCUCGGUCGCACUAUAUCUUCAAUCUCAAGGAUUACUUCAGGGUGAUACAGGGAGUGCUGCUCUCAGUCCCUGAAACUAUGGAGGAUCUGCGUUCCAUGAAGAAGAUGUGGGUCCACGAGGUGCUCCGGGUCUUCUACGACCGCCUGGUGGACAGCGGAGACAGAACCUGGCUCCUGGAGAAGGUGGCAACUGCCUGCAGCAAACACCUGAAUGAGAACCUGCACGAACUCCUCGCUGAGUUGGACGAUGACGGCGACGGGGAGGUGUCUGAGAAUGACCUUCGUAACCUCGUCUACUGUGACUUUGCUGACCCCACGAGUGAGAGUCGACAUUACGUCCAGGUUGAAGACCUGGAAGGACUCCGAAGCACUGUCGAGGGUUAUUUAGGAGAAUUCAACAACAUGAGUAAGAAGCCCAUGAGUCUGGUCAUGUUCAAGUUUGCUCUAGAGCACCUCGCCAGGAUCUGCCGAGUACUUCGUCAGCCCAGGGGCCACGCCAUGCUGGUAGGAGUAGGAGGGAGUGGAAGGCACUCCUUAACUCGUCUGGCAGCUCAUAUCACUGAUUAUGAGCUCUAUGAGGUGGAGAUGAGUCGAAGCUACGGCCUAAACGAGUGGAGAGAAGACUUGAAGACGAUCCUGAAGAAGGCCGGGGUAGGGGAGCAGCACAUCGUCUUCCUCUUCAGUGACACUCAGAUCAAGAACGAGAUCUUCCUGGAAGCCAUCAGCAGCAUCCUCAGCAUCGGCGAGAUUCCAGGACUCUUCCCCUCGGACGAGAAACACACCAUCUGCGACAAGAUGAGGAACAUCGACAGACAGAGGGACAAGAGCAAGCAGACUGACGGGAGCACAGCAGCCCUGUGGGCGCUCUUCGUCGAGCGAGUGAGGGAACAGCUGCACGUAGUCCUCGCGAUGUCACCCUGUGGAGAAGCCUUCAGGAACAGGCUGAGGAAGUUCCCUGCUCUCCUCUCCUGUUGCACCAUCGACUGGUUCCAGCCUUGGCCCGAGGACGCCCUUGAAGCUGUGGCCCUCAGGCUCCUUCAGGGGGUAGAGUUGCCCGCGGAGACCCUGAAGGGCUGCGUGUCCCUCUGCCAGUACUUCCACACCUCCACGCAGGACCUCUCUGAAAGGUUUAUCAAGCAUCUUCGUCGGUACAACUACGUCACCCCGACGUCAUACCUUCAGCUUUUGGCUACCUACAUGGUCAUAUUAGAGCGAAGGAGAGGGGAAGUGAAGAAACUGGAAUGUCGGUACACUACAGGUCUGGCGAGACUGGAGGAAGCAGAGACCUCGGUCUUGGCAAUGCAACAGGAACUGCUGAAUCUGCAGCCCAUCCUCCUGCAGAAGACCAGGGAAGUCGAGGACAAGAUGGCAGUGGUAGAGAAGAGGAGAGGGGAAGUGGCCGAAGUCGAGCGAGUGGUGAGGCAGGACGAGGAAGUGGCCAACGAGGCAGCCGAAGCAGCCAACGUCAUCCGGAAGGAGUGCGAGGCUGAGCUGAACCUGGCCCUCCCGCUCCUGGAGGAGGCCACGGAAGCCCUGAACACCAUCAAGCAGGACGACAUCGUCUUCAUCAAGGCUAUGAAGAAUCCUCCGGCGGGCGUCAAGCUCGUCAUGGAGGCCGUCUGCGUCCUCCUGGGAGAAAAACCAGACCGCAUACCGGAUCCUCAAGGUACAGGCAAGAUGGUGGAAGAAUUUUGGUCAGUCAGCAAAAGACUUCUGGGAGACAUCAAAUUUAAGGAAAACCUCCUCAACUUCGACAAGGAGAACAUCAGCCAGAAAGCCAUUCAGACGAUCCGUUCGAAGUAUGUGGACAACGACGAUUUUAAACCCGAGAAGAUUAAAGUGGCCUCAAAGGCUGCGGAAAGCUUAUGUAAGUGGGUCCUAGCUAUGGAGCGAUACGAAGAAGUCGACAGGAAGGUCGCCCCCAAACGUGAGGCCCUUCAGAGGGCCGACCAGCAGUACCAGGGACUCAUGGGAGAGUUGAGGAAGAAGCAGGAAGCCCUGAGAGGAGUCCAGGAAGAGUUGGCCGGACUGCAGGCAGAGCUAGACACCGUGAAGAAGGAAAAACUGGAAUUGGAGCAGACGGUAGAGUUAUGUAGCAUCAAGAAAGACCGAGCUGAACAGCUGCUAGCUGCCCUAGGAGGCGAGAAAACUCGAUGGACUGACAAUGCCCAUCACCUGGCACAGGUCUACAUCUUUCUCACAGGCGACAUGUUGUUAGCUGCUGGGGACAUAGCUUACCUUGGGGCCUUCACACCAGAGUAUCGUGCAGAGCAGACUGCCCGUUGGCUGCAGGAGUGCAGAGACCGUGGGGUGCCCUGUUCUGGAGAGUUUGAGCUGGCUUCGGCCCUUGGUGACCCCCUGACCAUCAGGGACUGGACCUUGAACGGCCUCCCAACAGACCCCUUCAGCAUCGACAAUGGCGUCAUCAUCAGCAACACCACCCGCUGGCCCCUCCUGAUCGACCCUCAGGGUCAGGCCAACAAGUGGAUCCGGAACAUGGAGAAGGACAAUUCGCUCCAGGUGGUCAAACUAUCGGAUCCGGACUUCAUUCGGACACUGGAAAACUGCGUCCAGUUCGGACAGCCGGUGCUUCUAGAGAACGUAGGAGAAGAACUGGACCCGAUUCUAGAACCACUUUUAUUGAAGCAGACUUUCAAACAGAGCGGUUCCACCUGCAUCAAGCUGGGAGAUGCCACAAUCGAGUAUUCGGCAGAAUUCAGAAUGUACCUAACGACGAAGCUGAGCAACCCCAACUACGUCCCGGAAGUGUCUGUCAAGGUCACCCUCGUCAACUUCGCCCUGACGGGCGCCGGCCUCGAGGACCAGCUUCUGGCUCUCGUCGUCGCCCACGAGAAACCGGAGCUGGAGGAGGAGAGGGUCACCCUCAUGCUCCAGACGGCGCAGAAUAAGAAGAACCUGAAGGAGCUGGAGGACCGUAUCCUGUCGACCCUGUCCUCCUCGAAGGGCAGCAUCCUGGAGGAUGAGACGGCCAUCAACAUCCUCAGUGACGCCAACAGGCUCGUUAAGGAGACGCAGGAGAAACAGGCCAUCGCUGAGGAAACGGAGAAGAAGAUCAACGCCACCCGCCUGGGCUACCGCCCAGUGGCCGUGACAGCCUCCAUCUUGUUCUUCACGCUGCGUGACCUGACCUGCCUCGACCCCAUGUACCAGUACUCGCUGUCUUGGUUCGUCAACCUAUUCUCAAACUCCAUCGACAACUCGGAGAAGGCGAGCGAGCUCAACGAUAGGCUUGUGGCUCUGAGCAGUCACUUCACCUUGAGUCUGUACCACAACGUCUGCACUGGGCUCUUUGAGAAGGACAAACUCGUCUUCUCCUUCUUGAUGUGCGUCAACCUCCAGCGAUCCGAGAACCAGGUGGAGGACUCCGAGUGGCUCUUCCUCCUCACGGGCGGCGUGGCUCUCGCAACGGAUCCACAGCCUAAUCCUGCCUCUGAAUGGCUUCCAGAGACGUCCUGGCAGCAGUUCCAGUGGCUCUCCUGUUUAGGGUCCUUGAAGCAUCUCGUCGACGACUGCAAGGCUCACUUAGCUGACUGGCGGAGGGUGUUCGAGUCUGAGUCCCCGCAGAAGGAGACCAUUCCCUGUGACCCAGAGAAGCCCUUGUCCAGGAUGCAGCUGCUCUGUGUCCUUCGGUGCCUCCGUCCGGAUAAGGUCGUGGCUGCCAUCCAGGAUUACGUUGCGGAUCUGUUAGGCAAGGCUUACAUAGAAGCCCCACCAUUCGACCUGGCCCGCACCUACGUGGAUUCCAACUGCUGUCUUCCUCUGAUCUUCCUCCUGACGCCUGGAGCCGAUCCGACUAACCUCCUCCUAAAGUUUGCCGAGGACCAGGGCAUGGGCGGAGACCGCCUGCAGAGCGUGUCCCUGGGUCAAGGGCAGGGCCCUGUGGCGAGACGCCUCAUCGAGGAAGGAAUGCGCAUAGGAACGUGGGUCCUUCUGCAGAACUGCCAUCUUGCCAAGUCCUUCAUGCCGCAGCUGGAGAAGCUCUGCGAAGACCUCAACCCGGAAACGACCCACGCCGACUUCAGGCUGUGGUUGACCAGCUACCCUGCCGCCCAUUUCCCCGUCAGCGUCCUGCAAUCGAGCAUCAAGAUGGUCACUGAGCCUCCCAAGGGCCUCAGGGCGAACCUGAAGAGGCUGUACUUAUCGGACCCGCUGUCCGAGCCUGAUUUCCUGAUGGGCACCGGAUCCUCCAUGAAGUUCCGCAGGAUGGUCUACUCCCUCUGCUUCUUCCACGCCGUCGUCCAGGAACGCCGUCUCUUCGGACCCCUGGGAUGGAACGUCCCUUACUCGUUCUCCGACACGGAUCUCAGGAUCUCGGCUAAACAGCUGCGCAAUCUGCUUGCGUCGUACGAGGAGAUCCCCUGGGAAGCCCUCCACUACCUGACGGCCGAGUGCAACUACGGCGGGAAGGUCACGGACGAGAGGGACCGCAGGACGCUAAGUACCAUCCUGCGGAAGUUUUACAAUCCUGGGGUCGUGGAGGGAGAUUCCUACAGCUUCGACCAGCAGGGAGUCUACACGACGCCCCUAGACGGAGAGGACAUGGACCACUACCUGACCCACAUUUCGGAACUGCCCCGAGACGCCCCGCCCCACGUCUUCGGCAUGAAUAGCAACGCCAGCAUCAACAAGGACCAGGCGGAGACAAACAAGCUCUUCGCCGCUGUCCUCCUGACGCAGUCGACCUCUCUCUCCUCGGGAGGUGACGGAGGGAGCGAGGGAGACACCGUAGGGCGUACCUGCGAGGACAUCCUGAACCGCAUCCCUCCUCCCUUCCACGUGGACGCCGCCCUGGCCAAGUACCCCACCAGGAGGGAGCAGUCGUUCAACACAGUGUUGGUGCAGGAGAUGUGCCGUUACAACACCCUCAUAGCCACCAUCACUUCUACUCUGCAUGCCGUGCUCAGAGCGCUGGAAGGAUCCGAGAGCCUCUCGGAGGAGGUCGAGGAGGUGCUGGUUGGCGUCCGAACCGGCAGAGUGCCCACGAUGUGGCGCUGCAAGUCCUACCCGACGCUGAAGGGAUUGGGUUCCUAUAUCACAGACUUAGUGCAGCGGCUUCAGUUCCUACAGAAUUGGUUCGAGAACGGCACCCCUCGUGUAUUUUGGAUCAGCGGGUUCUUUUUCACACAAUCUUUCCUGACGGCUGUUCUGCAGAACCACGCCAGGGCCUACACGCAUGCAAUCGAUCUCCUGGCCUUUCAUUUUCAGGUUUGUGACGUAGACGACGACAGCCCCGAACCGGAAGUGGGCACCUACAUCCGGGGUCUCUUUCUGGAGGGCGCCCGCUGGGACCCGGAGAUGUGUCGCUUGGACGAAGCGCUGCCCAGGAGAUUGCACGAGAAUAUGCCCCCGAUCUGGCUGAAGCCGAUGGUACGGGAGGAGAUACCCCCGGAACCAACUUACUCGUGCCCCGUCUACAAGACCAGCGAGAGGAGGGGCAACCUGACCACGACAGGGCACUGCACCAACUUCGUCAUCUCCGUCAGCAUACCCACUCACCUGCCGCAGGAUCACUGGAUCCUCAGGGGCGUUGCCCUGCUCUGUUCGCUCUCAGAUUAGGACGUCUUGUCAGGAAUGCUUCUUGGGAAUUGCUCUUGUAUUUGGGUGAUUAUAUUGU